UCUUCAGUUUCUCUUACUCUGAAGCAGAUCGUCGUAAAAACACACACAUACAUACAAUCACUCUACAACCGAAAAGCCCCCUUUUACGAGGAAAGAGGAGUGUCGCGGUGUGAGAGAAGCGUUUUGCGCUUUACUGAGUGGAAUCGUGGUAUGUAUGUGGAGUUUGGGGGUUGUUUUGUCGUGUUUAAUCCAUUGAGGUAAUCUCGGAUUCUUGAGGCGGGAAUGAAAGAGAUGCGCUCUAUUGCUCACUGGAUUUUAGCUCAAACAGAUGGUGGCAAGUUUUGAAUCAUUAGGUGAUGCAAAAAUGAUAUGGUCGAAAGUAGCUUAAAAAGUGGUCCCAAAUUUUUGUGGUUGGUGAAGACAGCAGGAAAACACAGUAGAGAUGAGUGGAGAUUCAAGACAGGGGGUGGUGACGACCCCUCCGCCCCCCAGCCUGGGGAAAAGGGAGGGCUAUUUUGAACGCAUCAACGAAAACGACCCUGAAUACCUUCGCGCACGCAACAUGUCACCCGACCUGCGACAAGACUUCAACAUGAUGGAGCAGAAGAAAAGGGUCACGCAGAUACUACAAAGUCCAGCGUUUAGGGAUGAGCUAGAGGGACUGAUCCAGGAACAGAUGAACAAGGGGAACAACCCCACAGGACUGCUUGCUCUGCAGCAGAUCGCAGACUUCUUCAUGGCCAGCUCUGUCGCCGGCUUCUCCACCUCCCCCCUCAGUUUGGGCAUGGUGACCCCAAUAAACGACAUGUUCAGCGUGGAGUCCAGUACUAUGGUAAAGGGAGAGAAACAGAUCCGCUGCAAACUUGCCAGCCUCUAUAGACUAGUAGACCUGUUCAGUUGGGCCCACUUCGCAAGCUGUUAUGUUACAGUUCGUGUCAGUAAGGAGCAGGAUCAUAUCCUCAUCAUUCCCAGAGGACUGUCCUUCGCUGAGGCCUCUGCAUCCAAUCUGGUAAAGGUGAAUAUUCUCGGGGACGUGAUCGAUCAGGGCUCCACCAACCUACAGGUCGACCCGGCUGGCUUUAGCCCUCAUGCUGCCAUCUACUCUGUGAGGCCCGAUGUGCGCUGCGUCAUUCACAUACGUACACCAGCCACUGCUGCCGUGUCAUCUAUGAAGUGUGGCCUUCUGCCCAUCUCCCAGGAGGCUCUGAUCCUGGGUGACAUUGCCUAUUACAACUACCAGGGUAGUCUGGACGAGCAAGAAGACCGUAUAGAGCUGCAGAAAGCCCUUGGACCAUCAACAAAGGUGUUGGUUUUAAGGAAUCAUGGGAUCGUAGCUCUCGGGGAGACCAUUGAAGAGGCCUUUCAUUAUAUUUACAACACUCAGUUUGCCUGUGAAAUACAGGUGAAUGCGUUCUCGUGUGCUGGAGGAGUGGAGAACCUGAUUGUCCUGGACCUGGAAAAGUUUAAGUCCCGGACACAAGGGGUGGCAGAAGCCGGGGUCAACAUGGGAUCUCAGCACAAGUGGAGGCUAGGAGAGCUGGAGUUUGAGUCACUCAUGAGGAUGCUGGACAACUUGGGUUACAGGACCGGCUACACUUACCGGCACCCCAUUGUGCGGGAGAAGCCGCGGCACAAGAGUGAAGUUGAGAUCCCUGCCACGGUCACGGCAUUCAUGUUCGAUGACGACGAAGCUCCACGUUUUCCUCUUAAGCUCCUGCAGCAGAGACAGCAGAGAGAGAAGACUCGCUGGCUCAAUUCACCCAACUGCUACAUGAAGGUGAAUGUGUCAGACAGGAUGAACGAGGAGAAUGGACGCACCAGGACCAUGUGGAUGAAGUCCGAUGAUGGUGGAAGCACCAGCGGGACUCCGAUCCGAAUCGAAGAUCCCAACCAGUUUGUUCCUCUGAACACAAACCCCAAUGAAGUCCUAGAGAAGAGAAAUAAGAUUCGUGAACAGAACCGGUUCGACAUGAUGACAGCCGGGCCACAGUCUCAACGUCUGGCAGGGAUUGUGGUGGAGAGACCACCAGGACAGUCACCGGUCCAGCCAUACAUGGGUGAUGACGAGGAGCAGACGGGACCGCUUCCUCCAAAUCCCUUCAGCGAGUUGAGCGAGAGAGAGCUGCAGGACUACCAGAAACGAGUAGAACGGCAGCAGCUUGGAGUAGAUGAGGAAGAGCAGCUCACAUCAGAUGACGCUUCCACGCUAUCUCAGUCAGUGUCUCCGCAAAACACUCCCGCUAAAGAAGAGAACCACUCUGGUAUGAUGCUUAAUGGUAAAGACAAGCAUGGCGAUGAUGAUCUAAUCAAGGACGAGCUGAUUAAGCGUGUUAGUCAGCUGACCACCAGUGUGGAGAGUGUGGAGAUCAGCGUGCGCUCAGGAGAGAAGAUCGAAGAGGUCCUGACGCCCGAGAGCUCGCCCUCCAAAUCACCCAACAAGAAGAAGAAGAAGUUCAGAACACCGUCCUUCCUCAAGAAGAACAAAAAGAAAGAGAAAGUGGAAGCAUAGAGGAUGGAGUGUCCCACUUGUCGCUGUGUCUGUCUCUGUUUGUUGUUUAAAAAAAAAAAAAAAAAAAAGGCACACUAUUUUGAAAGUUAGUUAAUAGAUGAAGCAACACCUGUUUUAAGAGUUGUGCCAUGAUUGAGUUUUAAACAGGUGGAGAAGCAAGGGAAAGUCCUGGGAAACUGGCUUCUCUCACCUGACGGACUAAAAAUCUAAUGAUUUUAUCUCGUUGAUGAGCCCGUACUGCAUUUUUUUUUUUUUUUUUUAAAUACUGUGUGUUUAUUAGGUUUU